CAGGGCGGCCCUGGCCCCGGGGCAGGCCCUGCUCCCUGCUGUGCACCACAUUGUAACGCGUUGCAGCAACGGACACUGCACGUGCUGUGAAGGUCUGAGCUCCUUUAGGGGAUUUUCACUUUGUGGUAUUUAGGGUAUUUCACUUUGUGAAAAUAUGCUGUUUUGGCAUAGAGACAGAGAAGAACCGUGUCUACUGUAUCGAUAUUAUAUCACCUCACCAGACUGUUUUUAACUGCUUUUCCAGUGGAAGAAAUUGGGAUGUGUGCUGCUUCGUGCAAGAAUCCAGAUUGGCACCUUCACCAUCUGUGAGAGGAUGGGUGUGAAAAAAGAGGACACGCUGAGCAACUGACACGAUGUAUUUCACACUGUCCCAUCUACAGAUAGGAUUAGACUAAGGCUUCAGUGUCAGUUCUGCAAGAGCCACCGCUUGGUUCAUUUCUGAUUCACUUUGUAUGGACUGGAGGGCAUGUUUAACAAUUGCCAUUUUUAAAAAGAACCGCUCUAAAUCCUCCAAGAACAGAAUUUACUAAAACCUGGAUGACCUUCCAUAGUAGCAGGCUAGUGCAUGUGACAUAGGAAGAGCCUGGGUCAAACUCAGAAGCCAUGGCAGCAUACUGGAGGACAAUCCUGAUCAUGUUUGUGGCAGCUCAAGCACUGUUUGUGGUAAACACCUUUGAGGAAGAGGAUGUGCCCCAAGAGUGGAUUCUUCUUCAYGUUGUUCAAGGGCAGAUUGGAGCUGGAAACUACAGCUAUUUGAGACUAAAUCACGAGGGGAAGAUAGUACUGCAGAUGCGGAGUUUGAAAGGUGAUGCAGACUUGUAUGUAUCUGACAUAACUCUUCACCCCAGCUUUGAUGAGUAUGAGCUACAGUCUGUAACUUGUGGGCAAGAUGUUGUUCAUGUACCAGCACACUUCCGCCGCCCCGUGGGAAUAGGGAUUUACGGUCAUCCCUCUCACCUGGAGAGCGAGUUUGAAAUGAAGGUGUAUUACGAUCGAACUGUUGUACAGUACCCGUUUGGUGAGGCUUCCUACAACCCUGAAGAAAUGGAGGCAAACCAGAAAUACUCAGCAGAGGAUGAAUCUCAGGAUGAGGAGUCUGUUUUCUGGACUAUUCUUUUUGGAAUAUUGAAACUGAUACUUGAAAUACUUUUUUAAAUUGAUGCACACUGGACUAAAUAACAUGUCAGCCCGUGAAAUGAAUAUGAAUGACUUGCUAUAAUACUUAGCACUCUCUGUGAAGUUUCCUGAAGAGGUAUUCAGGUUUCUUUUUCUAUACCCAGAAGGGAAGGGGGGGGAAAAGCCAUACUUAAUUUUAUAUCCUCCCCUAUACAUAAAAUGAGCAGCAAGCACAGUAUUUUUAGGGCUUAAAAUGA